AUGCACGCCCUCCUUGGAAGUCCCGAAAAGCAACUAGUUUGCGCCGAGUUUAUCAAAGCUCUCGAGGACUGUCACGCCCAAGGCCUCUUAGCCAAAGUCACCGGCCAAUGUAAUAAACCCAAGAUGAUUCUGAACGACUGCUUGCGUGAAGAGCGUAUAGAACGAACGACGAGGAAUAGAGACGAGGCGAAAGAGAGGAACGCGAGGAAGAAGGCCGUUUGGGAAGCGUUGGAGAGGGAGAAGGCUGAGGAGAAGGCCAUCUGA